UCAAAGUCUACGAUUACGACAGAAACCUUAAAAGCAUGAACUUUUUCAUUGUCCCGAGAAUUCCAUACCACAAAACAGCUUGCCUCGUUUUACACAUAAUGUUUCAAACUUCUAUUGUACAGGAAAGUACCAAAUCUUAAAAAGAGUAAGCUUUAGGUAGUAACCAAUAAAAAUAAAUUUGCUCAAGCAAGUACAACGAUACUUUCUCGCAGUCAUUCUUGAAAUUUUCAGACCUGUCAUGUUUCAGUUUUUGAAAUGGGUAAGUUUUGAAAAAAGCAAAUACCUUAUAGGUCGGGUCCGCUUUGCUGUGUUCGCCACCCUACUGGGAGUCAUUUUCCAUCCCGUAGCCAAACCUUUUUAGAAACAAAGGUUUAAGCUAGAGUUUGAAAAACAAAAUGAAAAAUUUGAAGACACCAAAAAAUUUAGUAGAAUGCGUGAGAGUUCUCCAUUGAUGCGUGUGAGCGUGAGUUAAGGGCGAAAUGCGUGUCUCACGCAAAAUGCGUGAGACUUGGAAGGUCUGAAUUUUGCAAGAAAAACGGAAACUUCAUAAUAAUAACCGCGGUUGUCAGGGUAUCACAAGGACACUUUAUCGUAAUAACGAUCAACGUACAGUUAUAUUGAUUGCCUCGUUUUCACAUCGAGACAACAACAUGGGCCUACACUUUUAAAGAAGUCACUGUCGUUCGUUCCGACUUGUUCAGUAAUAGAAGUAAAAAUGACCAAAUCAGCAAAAGCAGCCAAAAACCCUGGAGCAAAGAUUGAAAAGGCAAAGUCAAUCAAAGGAGCUGGUGGAAAAAGAGCUGCUGGAGAUCUUCCGAAAGUGAAGCUCCCUUUAGGAGGUGACAAUCCCUUGUCCCCAAGUGGCUCUGGUUCUUUAAGUUCCCAUUCACCAUUGACAAACAGGCAAGCAACAAAGCUAUGGUUUCAAGCAGAGAUUUCAAGCAUGAUGUAUGCUUUUGGUGAUUGCAGAAAGCCAUGCCAAGAAUCUGUUGCCUUAGUUGAGGAUAUUGUACGACAACAGAUGAGUAAUUUGCUAGUACAGACUGCAGAUGUUACCAGCAUGAGAGGAGGAAAAUUCAUGAGCAUUGAUGACAUACUCUUCCUGCUGAAAAGAAACAAAGAAAAGCUGAGGCGGGUGAUCCGUUACUUGGAUUUUAGAGACUCAAAAAUCAGGGCGACAAAAUCCGCAUCUCAAGACGAAGAUGAAGUUCUAGAAUCAGCCGUUGGAGACACAGGGAAAUCGGACAACAAAAGAUUGAAACUGGCCUACGAUUUUAUCAGCUCUAUUGACAACACUGGUGAACUUACAGCACUGUUCGACCAAGAUGGAUACGAGGAUAGGGUGCGACAAGAACGUCUUGAGAGAGCUGAACGACUUGCGAAAUCACUUGACCGCCAAUCGUACGUCGAGUACACAGAAGCUAGGCAAGUUAAUUUCAACAAAAAGGCUGGGAAAUUCAAAGAAUGGCUGGAUGUAUCAUCUUUGAUUGACGUCAAGCCCAGUGGAGCUGUCAUGGAGAUUCUCAGCUACAUGGCAUAUGAAACAGUAGGACAGAUUGUUGACCUAGCACUGAUUGUAAAACAAGAUCAAGAAGUGACAGACCCUGUCAAGGCAGCCAUGCCUCCAUCUAUAAACCCCGAAACUAACUUGAUGAAAAUAUUUUCAAUUGCUGGACAGAAAUCGUUGUCAACUUCGGCUGCUCCCACACCAGGCCAUACACCACCAGGAACUCCUACCGCUGCACAAGCCAACAGUGGCAACAGCACCAACAACGCAUCGUCAACAGGAACUGGCACAAGUCUAAUUGCCCCUGCGCAGGGCAGCCUCGCAUCGUCACUAGGAACCGCCUCUCUUGCUUCUUCAGGCCUGAUAAAGCCAUCAAAGACCAAGAAAAAGAAGACUAAGUUCGGUUACGCAAGCAGUAUUGAACCAACCAUAGACAGUAUACAACCCAGUCACAUUAGAGAGGCGAUGCGCCGCUAUUUCCAAAGUCACGGCGCCAUGACACCUUUUUCGAGUAAUUCAAGACCAUCUCUGGGCCAAAGGACGCUGUGUUUAUAAUGCUCUUUUUCAAGAAUAUGGUGGAUUCCUUGUACUUUGAACUUCUGGCACCAGCUCAAAAAUGGGAAACCAGAAAAAUGAAACCGAUAGUCACUGGAAUCCAGCAUAACCUUACCAAGGUUGGAGGUAUUUAGUUUCCUUGAGAGGUCUUGUUGGCAAAAUUUCAGGCCUAUUUGAAAACAAGGUAUAUGUAAGGCAAUGAAACAUUUGAUCAUACUCCAAGAUAAGAGCAACCUCAUUUAUUAAAACAUAAACGAUAUUGGAUUUUUGUUAUGAUGUUCCAUGCUGGCAUUAAACUUUAAAAUGAGAGUAAGAGCCAUUAAACUUUGAAGAGCCAUUAAACUUUGAUAUGAGAAUGAGAGAGCAAUUUCUUAUCAGUGUAACUGUCAGGCUAUGGGUAAGCAAUGGCAACAAUAGCCUACUGUAUAACUCAUGCAACAAGAGAUGUUUUUAAACUUAGUACUUUAUGCUUGUGAGGUUUCCUGUAAAUAUUUUUCUAAACAAUAAGCAGUGUCACAGCAGAUGAAACAUAUUUUGUGUUGUUAUACUUUGUAGAUAUUCAAGACAUUACAAUAUAUUAUUUAGAAACAGUUUAGUAGUCAUGGAAUGAUUUUAUUGGCUAAUAGUUCGUUUUUGCAAAAUCAAACCAAACACUACAAAAACAUAAACAUCAUCAAUGUGGUUACAUUCAAUCAAAUGGAUAUCUGAUGGCAACAUGAUAUAUGGAUAUCUGGAGGUGAAAGGGUUUCACGGAAAUGAACUGGUUACCCUAUCAUAUAGUCCCUGUUUUGCCCAGGACAGUGACCUUUCUAACAGGCACAUCCCCUUGUACGAAUCAUAUACAGGGCUCACAUUCACCUUUAUUUGUCAAAUAACUGGACUUUCAAGAGAAUCUUUUUAACCUGUUUAAAGUUUGAAUUAACAAAAAUGGCCCAAACAAGAAUAAUUAUGAAAGGAAAAGUUUUGUUUUCAAAAGAGGAAACAUUCAAAUUACCAAGCAGUUUUUUGUCAUACUUAAGCUGGGAUUAUAUUGCAUGAAAAUUUUAAUUAUCAGUGAGAUUCUUUGUAUCCAGACACACACAUACAAUUUAUAAGCAAAACCUGAAAAUUUUAUUUUAUCUAUUAGUUUGCAAAAGGAUAAUUAGUACUUUGUGCAAUUCAUUGAAAAACUUACCUAUUGACAGAAAUAUAACAAAAUUAAAAGAGGAAAAGUUUCUUUUUAAAAAAAAUGGUUAUUAACCCUUUCCUUGCCGAAUUCCCCUGCGAAAAAGUCCUCAAACGCCUAUUUUCUGAGGCUUUAAACAGAAUUCCGAGCAAACUUUUUCAAAUUGAUUUUUGACUAAGAAGGAGUUGAUAUGUUGUAUAGACACCCCUAUAUUAACAGAAAGAAAAAUUCCCAAGGAAUCCAAAAAUGCAACUUUCAUCUCAUUUCUAGAAAACAGUAAAAAAAUACAUCAGUAUAAAAAAUAUAUUAGUGAAUUAAUGUUAAAAUAGGAUAUUAGUCACACUUAUUAUAGCCAAAAUUGAACUUUGGUGUGAUAGUUAAUAAAACAGUUAUUUUCCUUUGUUAUGCAGAGGUAUACAGUGUCCUGUGGCUCACAACCUGCACAGCAAAAAGUUGUUUUCGAUAAACUGAAUGGGCAGUUUUUUGGAUCGGCAUCUGGGUUCUGCUUUAUCCAAUUCUGCCUUUUUCUCUUGCAGACAAGACAUCUGUGGUCUUUGCCUUGGCCUUUUUUUGGCAGAUGAGCCCCAACAUUCUGUAGCCUUUUAUCUUCCUCUGUCCUCUUUCUUUUUCUUCCUUUCCCCUUUGCACGGACAUUGCCAACCAAUUGUAUGGCAAGUUCUUCUUUGAAGGAGAGAAGGUCUCGCUUGGCCUUACCCUGAACAACGUGAGGCUUGACAUGCCCUUCAAUUAUAUAAGAAUUAUUUAUGCAUUUCAUGAAAAAGGAUAUAAAUAUUCUCAUAUAAUACGUCUUCUGUUUCUUAUCCUUUUUCACAACAGAUUGUUGGUCACUUUUGUCCACACCAGCCAUAUUUGUGUUGUAAUCACUGACAAGAAUUGGACAUGCAAUUUGAACCUUUUCGUAUUUGCCGUUCUUCUUUAAGUUUCUUGUCACUGGUUUUCCAAGUGUGGCAUCAUGAAUGGAACUCAGGAAAUAGACAGGCUUAGAAUCUUUCCACAUUAGAGCAGUUAGGCCUUUGAAAAAUGCAAAAUUGAAUUCUCCCCUAGCCAUCGAUUUUGCAUUUCUGGAGAGAAUAUCAAUAGGAAAAUACCUGCGAUUUGACCUCAUUGUCCCGCAUGUAUAAAUUCCCUGGCUCUUCAGGAAUAAAACAAGGGGCACACUGGUAUAAAAAUUGUCAAGGUAUAAAUGAUGUCCUUGGUGGGUUAAAUUUUUAACCAAAUCGAUCACAACACGAUCAGUUUUGCCAAGGUCUCCAACAUCAUCUUCUUGGUCUGUUACCUUUCCAGUAUAAAUUUGGAAAUUCCAGCAGUAACCUGUUUGCGAGUCUGCUACAACAAACACUUUUAUUCCAACUUUCACCGGUUUUUGCGGCAUUCUCUGGGUCCAAGCAAUGUGCCCUUUGAAUGGGAUCAUGCUUUCAUCUACUGACAUUUCUCUCCCCAGAACAUACAUCUCUCGAAACUUCUUUUGCAAAUGGUCAAUAACUGGCCUAACCUUGUACAAACGGUCGUUUGUUGCGGGAAUAUUUGGAUCGCAAAAAUGGAUAAAUCUUUGGAUUUCUCUAAAUCUGUUCUUUGAAAAGACCUUGCAAAUAUUCGUAUGAAAGAUCCAUUUAUUUUCGUCUGCUAUAAAGUAUCUUUCAUUUCUGGGUGUUGUUAGCAAACUGUUUGCAAUUAGUACAACACCUAAAUAUGCUUUGACUUCAUCCAAGGUUGUAGUCCAGCGUUCUCCUUCGGUUGCACCCAAUUUUUUUUCUGCGUUCAUAAUGGUCCAGUCUACAACUCUUUGCAGUAGUUCAUCUGAUAAAAAUAAUUGUAAAUAUUCGAUUGGCUUUGCAUCCAACGAAAGAUUUGCUACUUCUGCAGGUUUCGGCCUUUCAUCUACAGUUUCAGCAUCAGCUGAUUGUCUUCGCACAUUUCCUCCCAACGCCCAUUUGACCUCCGGCAUUUCGAAACGAAAUCCCUCAAACUCCUCUUCUUCAUCAUCCGAAUCUCCAAAAACAUUGUAGAAUUCAUCGAUAAAUUCGCUACUAAAAUCUCCGAUAUCGGCAGCAGAGGAAUCGCUACUUUCAGAAUCACUAUCACUCAAUGCACUACAGUCGUUCGUCGCCAUGCUUCCUUCGCUCAACAAACAUGGCCUAACUCAAAACAAAGUUCAACGGUUGAUAUUUCAGAAAAUUCAUAUAGAAACAUGUGACAAAGAACACGUGUGCCUGUGGUUUCAUCCUUUGUCUACAGGAUUAAAUGAAUGAAAGGUAUCUAUAGCAACAUCAUUAUUGAGAAAAUCAAAGCCAAAGUUAUGUAACUGAAUUACGUCAUCAAUGCCGCUAAAGCGGCCAGUGGCGUUUACAGGGAAACAAGGCGAAGCCUCUAAAGCGGCUCGUGGCAAGGAAAGGGUUAAAAGAGGAAAAGUGUCUUUUUAAAAAAAAAUGGUUUUAAAUAAGUGUUAUUUUUAUGUAGCUUUUAAUUUGGCAAGCAUAUCUUCAAUUUCUUUGUCUUCAUCUGAUGUUGCCUUUGAAGCUUUAGGCAAUGAUUUUGAAGCCAUUGGUGCACCUGCCAGCUGAAAAAUGUAAGGUAGUGAUGUUAUUGUAUCCAUCAAAAAGUAAGCUAUUUUGGGUUGUAAAUGUUUGCACACUCUUUCUUCAACUAAAUGACACAUAAUAUAAUUUAGAAACCAUUUUGGGUCCAGUUCGUAAACAUUUGUGACAUUUUCUGUUGUAGUUCCAGUUUGAAUGCAAAUUUUACCCAAAUAUAUAUUGUUGCAGUAAAUGAGUAGGGGAAAAUACAGUAAAUGGGGGCACUCCUCAAGUUACAAUAAGACACUCCUCAAAUUACAAAGACAUUCCUUUAAGUUACAAAGAAAUCUAUUAAUCGUAGCCUACUUAAAAGUAGUAAAAAUGGCUUUGAAUUCAAGCAAACAAUUUAGCUAUCCUUAAGCUUAUGGACUGACUCUUUUCAGAGUAUAAAACAUUGCAAUAAUUACCGAAAAUGUAAAGUUAGAAGAUAUACCAGUUGUGGAUCAAAUUUAAUCCAUCUUUAUUCAGUGUCAUCAAAAGCUCUAACUUUUGCCAUUCAGAUGAAAAAUAAAUAUUCGUGCACUGCAAUGUUUUUUUAAACAAAACCUGACUUUUUUUGAUAAAUUUUUAUUUGUGAAUGGAGCAGAGGUAUUGGAACGAAAGCUAAACUUCUUAUUGCAGAGUCAUCUAUUUUCUUUUUAAUUUCAUGAUCUUAAGGGGUUUAUUUAAGAAUAAUUAAGGUGUCCCUUACAGCAAGCUAUUCAAAAAAGAAAUUUUCACAUUACCUUUCCACUGAUUUCAAUACCAAUUUCAUCCAAAACUUGAGAGACAACAGCAUCCUGUUCCUCUUCAUCUCCAGAUUCAUCGAAGACUGAUUCUAAUGUGUCAUUUACUAUAAAGAGGAAAUGAAAAGAUGAAAAUAUAAAUGUUUAUUUAUCAGAUCUCAAUCAAUACUUAUUACAGAAGGGCAGCAAAAAUUCAAAGAACAAAUUAUGAUCAUUGUGUGGUUUUGAUUAUCUUUUUUACCAAGUUACCUAAACCCAAUUUGUUGUUUAACACACAGGGUCUCACAAAAUCAUUGGCUCAAAAUACCAGUGACUGAAAACAAAAUGUUUAAUUAAUGAAUAGAAAGAUAUUUUCAAUUCAUAUUGGAUAACAGAACAAAAUAUUGGGUAUCAACUAAGACCAGAUAGAAAUAGAGUAGGAUAAUUCAAUACAGCAUCUUACUCAUUUCUUCUGACAUAUCCAUUUUUGCAGACUCCUUCUCAAAUUCUUGAAGUGUUCUAGCCAGUUCUUCUGGUGAUAUAUGUUUGUUCAUGGCACCCAUUGCCUGAAAAUUACAAUUUACAAGAAAAUAUUGAUUUUCACUCAAUAAUUAAAUGCAUAUUUUGAGGCAUAGACUAACAGACAUAUCUGUCUGGUAUGUUGGAGGGUGAGCGACUCUCUUUGAAAAUUAUUCUGUUUCACAAACAAGGUAUUUGCUCCUAGUCAUAACAUAGUGACUCCUUAUCAAAUUUGUUGUGAUGUACAAUGAAAUUUUUUAAGGUGGUUCAUACAGUUGGUAAAAUUAAAAUUUAUUACACCCGGAUUCUUGAAAAUCUCACCAAAAAUGUUCAACCCUUACCAAACAAACCCACCUUUUUUCAUUCAAUAGAACUCAUAAAAAAUAAUUUCCCAACCUUAGUUGCUGUUUGCAUUGAUCCAGCCAUUUUAUGAGUAGCAUGCAUGGCUGUUGCUUGAUGACCAACAGCAGUUAUUUUUCCACUGGCUGCAAGAUUGCGUGUCUUUGUUUUUCGAAGUUGUACAAGUUGUUUUGCCAAUGUUGUGGCAAGCUACAAGAAAAGAAAAUAUUGCACAACAAUUUAUACAGCCAUAUCUAUACCAACUAGUCAAAAGGAAAUUACAAAUGUAAUGCUUAAAAUAUUGUUUCACUUCCUUUGGGUGGCAUGCCAUGGGCUCUUUUGAUGUUCACUAUAGCAGAGUUUUUUUGGUAUAAUCAGAGGUUUGAAAUGCGUAAAAAGACAAUUAAAUAGUCAAAUACCUGUUUAUUUCCAGCCUUUGCUGCCUUCUUAAUUUCAUUUUCCUAUAGAUUCAGAAAAAGUAUCAUAUAAGGUAAGGUUUGAGCAUACAUUAAAAAAAUAUUAUGCAUGAAAUUGUUACUGUUCUUCUUUAUUUUUAUCAAAACACUUUAUGUAAUAUAAAAUAUAAUAUAAAAUAUCUGUAUUGGUAUUUAUGAGAAGGACAAUUUAAAAAAAUGCAAUAUUUAUGUAUUUUCACAAUUUAGUUUAAAGUGAAGCAAAUACAGAAUUCUUUUUAUUUGUCUUAAAUCUAUAACGAAUUGAUUCAGGUACAUUUGGGGUACAAAAGCAUGGUUGUUGAAAUGGCAACUAGGUAAAGGGGUUUGGAAACCGCUGCUCAUGUCUGGUAAAUUCAUUUGCCAUCUUAUAGAGUUUUUGCACAUUUUGAAAACAAAAUUGAAGGUUCAGUUUGCUGUUUUGAGGAAAAAAAUUCAGAAAAACUUUUAACCACAGCUUCAAACUUGUUUUGUAAAAAUUUUUUGCAGGAUUUGUAAAAUAUCACAAAGAAAUGUAGCACUAACAGAAAUGUUAUCAUAAUUGUUUGUGAAUCAUUUGAUCAUUGUUUCCGGAAUUUUUCUGAAGAAUUGAUGCAAAGUUUUCUAACAAUUUGUUUUUAAAUUAGUCAGCUUAGGACCUUGGUCACUGCAAAAUUUCACUUAUGACUAGUACUCUUUCCAUACUUAUGUGCCCUAAGUCUACACAAACAAAAUUAUUGCUUAGGGAAGUGCAUUUUGUAACCAAAGAAGAUUAACACAGCCUUCAGAAGCAACAAUUUAUAUUUAUUUUGAUAAAACAAAAUCUUAACAAAAUAAGAAACUUGCAUGCAAUGUAAGACAAUAAAAUUCAUGAUACCAGUUGCUUUUCUUGCCUCUCAAGUGCACCUCUAUCCCGUGUCAUUUCCCUUUGGACUUUGUUAAGCUGCCGUUUUUGCUGCUUCACUUGCUCUAAAAUAUAAAAUUAAAUUUUCACUGAGCAAAGUGUUAUCCUCUCUCUGUGCUAAGGAAACUACAGAAUUUUAAACAUAUUUAAUUAUAAUUUCUAUGUGUUUAAAACUAUUAUUUAUGAUUGAAAAAUCAAGCCUCGCACAUGAGAUGAAACUGCCAGCAAUGGGGUUUUAAGAAAAAUAGAAAGCGCAAUUUUUAAAAGAUUUAAUAACUUCAGAAUAUUUAGAUAAAAGAAAAACUUAAAGUUACAUGCAUAAUAAAUAUCCAGAAUCAAGAUAUCAGAAGCUUGUAAGUUUGUGUCACAGAAAGGGAAAAUUAUCUUUACUCUUUCUUUAAAUCAUUAUAAAUUUAUAUCUUUAUACUUAAAACGCAUGAAAACAAAAUAAAAAUUAACAAUCGCUUCAGAUAAUUGAUUUAUAUUUUUAACAUUUAGCUAUCAAAUGUUAUAGUGUACUUGACAUGCAAUAGAAGUUCACGUAAAUUGUGCACCUAAUAUACUGAAUUUCACAGGCACUGUUGCAUUUUUCUUAUUUCCAGAACUAACUUGCACAUUUAGUUCUGGAAAUAUAAAUAUAUAUUCCAAAAGAAAAAUCAGAUUGGAUUUCAUAUGGUUCAGUCCCCUGAAAAAAAACCGGCUUUCUGGCGGGAUUACCAUGGUAAAGAAGUUUGAAAUAAAAUAAAAUGAAAUGAAAGAUAACCAGAAAAAUGUUUCGCUGGAUCUCUAAUAAAUCAUGAAGAUUGUCAACGUCAAUAUAGGCUGGCCUAAAUAAGAAUUGGAAAUAAUUUUCAAUUCUUCAUUCAUUACCAGACUUUUGACAAUUUAUAAACAAUUGUUAGUAGAUAAAACUUUGAAUUACCUUUUGGAUUUGGCUUUUUCGAAAACAUUUUCGGUUCUGAUUGCCUUUCAAAAUACACUUUUCUGUAGCAAGGCCAACUUUUGCCAGACGCUAAACUUCCGCCAUGAUUAUAUCUUUUGUAAUGUUGUUGUUGCUGACGCAAGCAGUUUUUUUGCUAACCUUUGUUGAAUGACGCAAUGAUAAAUAUUUAGAGUGACUCAAGAGUUUCUAAAACUAAAAAAAAUAUAUUCCUCUUAUUUUUUAAUUCCCUCAUUUUUGUAAGCAAGGCUUUGAAAGGAUGUAGACAUUCCAACACGAAAAACCCUCAGAGCCCUAAUUGCAGGGUGUUAGAAGACGAAAUAUAUUGUCUUAAUUUCAUCACUGAAAACAAAUGUUUUCAUGUAACAGGGCCUCCGCUACGACAAAGGGAGGCCGGAGGACAAAAUCUUUUGUUAUGUUAAAUUUGCUAAAUGUUAAAUUUCCCAGCAAAAUUGUAAGUCUCCUUGUAUAACUUACAACAUCGAACAUUCUCAAGUUCUAUUUUCAAAUGUUCCUCAGUCUUAAUUGUUUUAACAUUUUUAUAAAAAGUUGACUCGUAACAAAAAUGAUUUUCCAUGAAAUACAGGAUUCACUAUAGCAAGAUGAAAUAUAUAAUUUUAUAUUUACUCCAGAUUGCGUUGUCUAUUCUGACGUGACAGUGCUCGAUGUGCAAAAACACAGAGCAAUAGAUAUAAUAAAAUAGAAUAUAGACUAGAAAUGAGACAUGUUCUCUGUUACUCCGAGUUUCGUGCUUGCGCACUCAUCAGACAGACUAUAAUCAUUAUAGUCUGUCUGAUGAGUGCGCAAGCACGAAACUCGGAGUAACAGAGAACAUGUCUCAUUUCUAGUCUAUAUUCUAUUUUAUUAUAUAAUUUUAUAUUUAAGAGUUUUAAGGGAAUUAUUUUUUACAAGAAUUUAUUUUUGUGGAGAUUUUUUGCAAAUUUCGCGGGUGUUAUCUUUUGUGGAUUGACCAAAUUCGAAUAUUAACAAGGGAAUUUAUUAAAAAAACUCCAAAUUUUGAAUAUCUUUAGCCUUAGGUUGAAAUGUCUGCUUUAUUGCGUUUUUCACGAGGUUUUGGAAAGUUUUGUAGUCGAGGAGAGGGCACCUUUUAACCUUUAUUUAAGAUUCAGUAGACUUUGGUUAACGUUACAACAAAUGUGGCUUGAAAACUUGUAACUGUGAACGGGGUGUUUCUGCAAACGCAGCUAAAUUGAACAGUUUGCAAAUUUGGGUGUAAAUUUUUAUGUGACCAUAACCUGUAUGAUGGGAGAGUGACUAAUAUUAUCGUUUUAGUUUGGACGGGUUUAGAGAAUUGUGCAUUUGUUUCUCUUGAUAUACUAAAAAUCAUUUCAUUAUUUUGUUGUGACGUUCCAAAGUUCCACGGAUAUUGUAUUUUACGGACAGUCCUGCCUGCAGCGGAAUACGAUAUUUGAAAAAUCGUAGCCUCAUUGGUAAAUUUAUCGGAACUCGGAAGCAUUUCGUUUUCUCUCAGAAAAAACCGGAAGAUCAUUUUUAGCUUCCGCAGAUAAUCUCAGAAAAGUAAAUGCUAAAAAUGGAUGCAUUUGGGAUUUGCAAUUGCCUAUUCUUUCAAGUAUUUCUGGUUACAGUCUCGACAAGUCAAGGUACAAGAAUCAUUCGAGAGCAUCAAUCGAGAUCGACGAUUAAUGAUCUAGAAACCCACUGCGGGGAUACUUUGACAAUAGUGCCUCCUAAACCAGGUGA